AAUCAGCGUCCACUCAGUGGCGGCCAUGUUGGAAGCGUGGACGCCGUGCCUAAUGGCCGACAUGUCCGCCAACGUCUCAGUUCCAUCUUCUACUGGAUUACACCACCGAGGAGCCCUCAGAACAGCUCAUUAAUAUGCACAGAAAUAAACCGCAGUACUAAUUUGCAUACGGCCCUUCUGAUUGGACAAUUGUUGCUUUGCUUUGAUUCUUUGCAGAAAAAGUCCAGCAAAUGUGCAGCAUAAAAAUUGAGUCAGCCAUUCCUCCAUCCCUCCCUCUGCCUCUGCCCUCCAUCCACUGCCUGGACCUUCUUCUCCCUCCUGCCAGGCGCCCAUGAGCCCACCAGGACGUCUGCAACUUUGCAACUGAAGCUUCUCCGAGAAACAUCCCCACCCACGGCCACGCCCACAGCACCAUGACCAGGAAGGUGUUCACCAACACCCGCGAGCGCUGGCGCCAGCAAAACGUCAACAGCGCCUUCUCCGAGCUGCGCAAGCUCAUCCCCACGCACCCGCCCGAGAAGAAGCUGAGCAAGAACGAGAUCCUGCGUCUGGCCAUGCGCUACAUCAACUUCCUGGUGCGGCUGCUGGAGAGCCAGGGUGGCGGCGGGCUGGCGUCCGUGGCGGAGCACGCGCCCGCCGCCCUGCUCACGCUGCUGAGGGGCAACAUGGAGCAGCUGUGCUCGCCCUCCCGCCGCCCCUGGAGCCUGGCCAGCGACACGGAGGCGCCCUCGCCCGCCUCCAGCUGUGGCAGCUCGGAGGCCUGGUGAGGACUCUCAGACCCGCUUGGUCAGGACUCCCGCUUAGUCUGCGGCAGCCGAGUGGUCGGGUCUGACCUCGGACCCCCGGUGGACUGCAUGCUCGCAGCUGGAGGUCAACAGGUGUGCUAAUUAGUCAGGAGGGUCUGAAGUGCGGCCCACAGUUCAUGUAUUCAUGGUGACCUCUUUCAUCUAUUCAUCUGCACUGAAUUGCUUUCAGCAUCUUUAACGGACAAACUGUAUCAAAUUGCCGCCGUUUGGACGCCCCUGUUGAGAUAUUCCACAAACAUUGUGACUGACAAAUGCCUCAAAAAGCACUUUUAAGUCGGGCCGACUGAGGAGAAUCUGCACUGCUGCCAUGUUUGCAUCUCGUCUGGCCAAAGAUUGUUGAGGAGUGAAGAACGCGUGAAUUAGAUACCUCGUCUUUUGUCUAACUUAUUUUUCUCCUGCCUGUGAAAGUUAUUAUUUAUUUGAACUAUUUAUUGAAUAAACCGUUUGUUA